AAAAAAAAAAAAAAAAAAAAAAGUCACAAUAAUUGGCGGGAAAUAAAAGUCUUCUAGAGGAAGAAACCAACACUCCCAUUUACAACAUCACUCCAAUAUCCCCCAACAUUCCUGAGCCGUUUUCCGGUCAUUCUUCCAAAACUGCCUUUCUCUCUCUUCUUUCCUCUCCCAUUUUCUCUCUCCUCCCUUCCCAAAAUGCCGGUUCUCAGGUCCCGAGAAAUUCCCCAAUUUCCAAACCCUCAAUCUUCUUCCAAAACCCUAGAAAUUAAUGGGUUUAUUGAACCCACAACUCCUUCCAAAACCAUUCAAUCAUUAGCAAAUUCGACCAAUUCUAGCCCUAAUUCCGUCGAUUUUGAGUCCAAUUUGGUUUCGAUGUCGGCCCCACCUAUUCGUCGAAGUAAUCGUCUCGCUUCGAAGCCGAAUUCCGAGGAGAAUACCCGGAAAUUGGCUUCUGAUUACACCGCUAAGCGUCGGAGAAAUGAGACUGUUGGUAAGACGAUGCCAUUUCAUUUGGAUGAUGAUGAAGUUAAAGAUGUGGAUUGUUUUGAUGGUUUAGGGUUGAGUUCAUUUGAUGAGAAUAGUGUUAGGGUUUCUGAUUGUGAUUCUAUUGUAGAAGAGUGUUUGAAGAAGUUGAAAAGGGAGGAUUUUGAUUGUUCGGAGGAAGAAGAUGGGUGGUUGAGUUUAAGGUCAGGGACGAAGGUAGCCAAGAAUUUGGGGGAUGAGGGCGAAAUUGAUUCUAGUAGAGAGGGAAUGGGAAAGGGUAAAUUGAUUGAAGAUGGUGGUGGUUUUGAGGAUGAGGCAAUGAUAGAGGGAAAUGGGUGUUUGAGUUUAAGGUCAGGGAUGAAGGUAGUGAGGAAUUUGUCGAAUGAGCGCGAAAUCGAUUCUGUUAAGGAGGGAAAGGGAAAGGGAAAGGACAUUUUGAUUGAAGAAAAUGGUGAUUGUGAGAAUGAGAGAAAUAUGUCCUUUGGUUUUAUGUCAGCGAUGGAAAAUUUGAACAACUUAAUGGAAGAAUGCGAUUACCUUACCGGAAACGGAAAGGGAAAGGGAAAGGGAAAAGGAAAAGCUGUUUUGAAUAAGGUGGAUGAUGAUUUAGAGAAUGAGAGAUUGAAGAGCUCAAGAAGAAGGUUUAGUAGAGAAGAGAAGGGGAAAGGUGCAAUUUCAGGGAGGUUUAGUAGAGAGGAGAAGGGGAAAGGUGUAAAGUCCGAAAGCGAUGGCGAAUUCAAUGAUGUAGAAUUGGGUUUAGCUGUUCAACUUUCUAUGGCUGGUAGUGAGAUGGGAGGUUUGGUGAAUAAGAUGGAUGAUGAUGUUCAUGAGAAUGUAGUACUUGAGGAGCGUACUAAGGAUUUGAGGGCUCAACAUAAAGAUAUAGCAAGGCGAAAUGCUUCGAAGUAUGCCUUUUUUGAUGCUCGGGAAGAAGAGAAUGAUGUGAAUGAUGAGGACGACGAUGAUGAUGAAGAAAUUCAAGCAGAAGAACCAGUUGGGAAUGUUGAAGAUUGGCCCGGACCAUUUUCAACUGCCAUGAAAAUUAUAAGGGAUAGAGAGAAGAACUCGAGUCGUCAAGCACGUGAUUCGAGUUCUGUUAAAGAAGGGUUUCCAUUGGUAUCUUGGACUCCUAGGAAAGAAAGGGACCUUGAGUGCAGGAAGCGAGAGGCCCCUUCAUUGAUAAGUUUGUGCUUGAAUGUCCUGGCAGAGAAUGUUGAUGCAAUCACUUCUCUUGAUACUGUCCCUGAUGCAUUGAGGAACAAGCUUAGUCGGUUGCUUUGUGAUUCUAGGAAGAUGAAUCCACAUUUUCUCGGUCUUCUUCUUGACGGGUCUCCUUCAGAGAUACGCCUUAGCGACUGUUCGUGGCUAGAAGAGCGUGUGUUUGAGAAGUUGUUUGAAGCUUGUGACACUAAAAUCAUGACGGUUUUACAACUUGACCUGUGCGGACAUUGUGUAUCUGACUCUUUGUUGCGCAAGGCUUUAAUACCAAAAGGAUUGGAAGCAUUGACAACUAUAUCGUUGAAAGGUGGUUGCCGUAUUUCAGAUGCUGGCCUUGCUGCACUUGUUUCAUCCGCCCCUGCCCUGAGAUCUAUGAAUCUCAGUCAAUGCACUCUUUUGACAGAUGUUGGCAUUGACAGUAUUGCUAAUUCACUGGGGUUGAUUUUGCAAGAAUUAUAUCUUGAUGAUUGUGAGACUUUAGAUGCAAUGCGUAUCCUUCCUAAACUACAGCAGCUGAAAGCAUUGGAAGUGUUGUCACUCAGGGGCAUAGUCAGUGUUUCUGACAAAUUUAUAAAAAAAUUAUUUGGGGAAAACGGUCAGAACACGAAGGAGCUUGUUUUGGCCAACUGUGUAAAUUUGACCGAUUCUUCUCUGAAGGUCAUUGCCAAUACGUGUUCUCAGUUACGUGUCCUCGAUCUUAGCUAUCUGGGGAAGUUGUCUGAUGUUGGCAUGGCAUAUAUUACAAAUGGCUGUCGCAGUAUUCAAGAUUUGAAACUUUGUCGUUCUCCAUUCAGUGAUGAUGCUAUUGCUGCGUUCCUUGAAACCUCUGGAGAAUCUUUGAUAGAUUUAUCUCUUAAUAACAUCUCCAAGGUUGGUCAGAAUACCACCAUUUCUCUGGCUAGGCGUUGCAAAAAUCUUGAGAGCUUGGAUCUCUCCUGGUGCCGUCUCCUUACAAACGAGGCACUGGGAUUAAUUGCAGAUAGCUGCUUAUCUCUCAGGUUGCUCAAACUUUUUGGUUGCACACAGGUUACGGAGGUUUUUGUGGACGGGCACUCAAACCAACAUUUACAUAUUGUUGGGUUGAAGCUGACUCCAAUUCUGGAGCAUAUCAAGAGACCAGAUUUCCAACAAGGACCAUUGCAUUAUUCCACCUUUACUCCAUAUUGAUUCUUCAUUUUGGUGGCUCGCAAUGCUUCAUAUAAGGCAACAAUUCCCUGAUAAUAUUUUUGUUUCAAUCUAACUUUGUGAAAUGGUUCAACCCAUUCUUAUGGCAUUUUUGUGACUUGUAAUUGCCCUUGCAACAUUUUAUUUUUGUACAGAGAAGUCAAUAGCUAGACUAAUGGUAGAUUUUGUGAUCAGAAUACAGGGAUCACAUUUUAGCACAUGUUGCUAAUGUUUUUGUCAAUGUCUUUUGACAGUAUAAUGUUACCUCAGUAAUAUAGCAAGCAGAUGCUUCCUUUCA